AUGUCGCGCAGACAGGGGGAUCUCUUGCUGGAGGUUCCUGUGUACCUGAGACCUUCUAAAGGAGGUGAUCUCGGCCUCGCUUCGCUCUUACACCGCCGCAUUUUGCCGCCGCGAUCCGCACGGAGCAGCUGGGGGAUAGGAGCGGCGGGAGCGCAGCACGAGCACCGCGACGCCCGCUGCUGCCGCCUGCGGGUUGGCACGCGGUACUGCAGCCCCCGCUCCACUCACGCAGGCUCUCGCAGCGAGUCUCGGCCGAGCGGGACCGGCGUGGCGGGCUCCGGAGGGCUUCACGGAAGCAGCGGGAAUCGCGCAGCAGAUAGACGAAACGAUCAAGAAAACGCGCCCCGUGCUACCGCCGCGGGGGAGAGAACACCGCUUCUGCGCCCGCCUCUACUUGCCGGAACGCCGCGCAGCGGUGCCGCGUGGGGACACCGCGCCGUAGCCGCGGGAGGAGGAACGCCGCUUCUGCCGUGCGGCACGCGUGCGCGGUGCCGCGUGGAAGAGCGAUGGCCGUACAGCCCGGCGGAGCCGGAGCGGCCUGCGGUAUGCCGCGUUGUUUCCUUCCCGCUGGAGAAGCGUCGCUUCUCUGCGGCGGCGAUCGCCGCGACCGCCAGCACCGCGGGGAGCCUCCGCUGCCACCGCCGCUCGCGGCACCGCCCCGGGAACCGCCCGCAGCUGAGGGCGGGGUCGCGCUGCACCCGGGGAGCAGCAGCUGAGGGCCGGGCUGCGCGUGCGGCGGGGCGAGCAGCGGGACGCCCCGGUAUUGCUGAGGAGCGCCGGGGGGAGGGGGGGUGUCCCGGUCCCGGUACCCCCAGCACCACCCCUCUCCCGGCCCCUGCACGCCCUUACCCGAGCCCCACCACAGUCAGGAAUAAAGAUCAAAAAUUUAUUUUCACGUGAGUAAUAAAAAUAAUUCCAUGACUUCUGUAAA